AUGUCCCUCAAUGGAAACAAACCUGGAAGUGGAGGCGAAAUCUGGGUGGCAUUAGAGAUAUCCCUUAAGGGUAAUAAACCUGAUAUCAGUAAAAUUCGAGUGGUACUAAAGAUGUCCCUCAAUGGAAACAAACCUGGAAGUGGAGGUGAAAUCUGGGUUAGAUGUCCCUUAGAGAUGUCCCUUAAGGGUAAUAAACCUGGUGUCAGUAAAAUUCGAGUGCGUUUUACAAAUGCGAAUUGUACUGCUUGGCAAAAACUAAAUUUAGUUUGCGAUCCAUCUGAACGACUCGUACGACUAAAAUCGGGCGAGACACACAAUGUUUCUAUUUGUCAUCCGGUGACUUUAUAUCCAAAUGGUCAAAAAAAGACUGAUAUAACGGGUCCAAUGAAAAUUAGCCGGUUCAGAUGUGAUGGAUUAAUAUGUAAUCGUUGUCGUUGUGAUGUGGAGCGUGGUUUUAUGCUUUCCAAUGAUUCCGCUACAGCAGUUUGCACUAGGUUUUGUCCGGUGACAAAAAUUAUAUCACCGCAAUGUUUUCAUCAUAAAUAUGGUGUUAUAUGCUAA